AUGAUGCCAUCCGGGUUUCCCAUAUGGCAAGAUAUCAUUACGUAUAAAAGUGAUGUGAAAUAUGCGCGUGAUCAACACAUUACAUUUCGUUUAUCGGAUCAAAAAACAUUAGGUGUUUUACGUUUUGCCAAUCUACAACAGUCAAAAGAAUUUUUUAAUUAUUAUCUACAACUAAAAAAUGAUCAACGAUACGUAAAUUUAUUUCACUCAACCGGUGGAAAAUUGUCAUCUCAAUCUCAAAAUCGUCACUUAGUCACUGAUCGUAAUAAUCGUAGUGCAUCGUGUGGUGCUGUUCUUAAUAAACGUGUUAGUAAAUCAUCGAUUAGUAAUCCGUGUUGUUUUCAACACAUCACACGAAUUAAAUUGACUGAUCGUCAAGUAUUAACAACAUUGAGCAAAUGUUUACCACCAUCCGUUGAUAUUUGA